CGAGGACAUGUAAGAAUCAACUUAGUUAAAUUUAAUUGUUAUAAGUGGUAUCAUAUGUGUGGCCAGCCCUGAAACUCAUUGCCAUCGUGCUGGCUGUACGAGUUUUGUGGCUUGGUCAUUUUUAGUACUUUUUAUAUCAUAAAGUAUAGACAACAUUGUUACAUUGUACGCGACAACGACGACGCCAGCAGAGCAGCAAAAAUUGCAAUAUUAAUAAUAUUUAAUCCUAACUCCGGUCCGGGCUAGUCGUAAAUAAAUAAAUACAACAAAAAAUCGCCAUUAAUUAUGGUCAAUUGCUAGGCAAUGAAUGUUGAGUGAUAGCAAUGUGACAAAAACAGUUGCAGUUGGGUGUAAAUAUGCGCGGCGCAUUUCUCUACUACUGUAACAUUAAUUGCGCUUCGACUGCGACUGCGACUCGAAUUUUGCUGCAAGAUGAGGCGAUCAGGUGGCGCGCCUAAAAAGUGUACGACAAACAACAAAAAAAGGUUUGUGCGUAAAAUAAAUGUACAACGGCAGCGUGUGUAAAAGUGUUUAACAUCUAAAAAGGAAUAACGUGAAAAUCGCUGCAUAAAGGAAGAGAGAAAUACUUUAGUGCUCCUAUACAGACUAACGUGCCAACACCAAUACCGCUGUACAAACGCACACUCUCACGCACUCACACACACGCACGCAUACAAACGGAACGUAUACUCUAAACACGAAGAGAGAGCAAAACGUAAACGUUGUCGCUGUUAUCCUGCUUAUUCCUGUUGCCUCAGUCGUGUGAUCCUUUAUUGUUGCCCGCAGCGGCAGCAGCUGUGCCGUCGUGUCCGGGUCGUGUUUCAGCUUUGCCUUGCAGUCUUCGUUACUCGUUUAUUUGUUGCUAUUGUUGUUGUUGUUGCCUGGGUGUCCUUGAAGUUCGCUAGUGCGCGCCCGUUGUGCUGUUUUCAGUGUGUGCAAAGUUACAACAACAAAAAAGAAAAAAAGAAGAUACAAAAAGUGUGCCCAGCAGCAAGUGAAGCAACAACAAUAUAAAAAUGCCGCCAGCUUUAAUUGGCAUCGCCGAGUUCGUGGAGGAGACGCGCGACGAUUAUAAUUCGCCCACCACCUCCACGUUUGCCUCCCGCAUGCCGGACUGCCGUCAAACGAUUAGCAUAUUGGAAGAGCGCUUGGAGUUUGAUCGCGAGGGUCUAACAAAGCUGAAGAAGGCCGUCAAAGCCAUACACAACUCUGGCAAUACUCAUGUGGACAAUGAAAUGUUUAUGGUGCGUGCGCUGGAGCGUUUGGGCGGCAAGGUCAUUGAUCAGGAUGAGCCCGAUAUUGGGGCGGCGUUUCUCAAGUUCUCAGUGGUCACCAAAGAGCUCAGUGCGCUAAUGAAAACACUGAUGCAAAAUAUCAACAACAUUGUCAUGUUUCCGGUGGAUUCGAUGCUGAAGAGCGAGCUGCGCGGCGUUAAGGGCGAUAUGAAGCGGCCAUUUGAUAAGGCGGCCAAAGACUAUGAGGCCAAGUUUAUCAAAAUCGAGAAAGAGAAAAAGGCCCAGGCCAAGGAGGCGGGCAUGGUGCGUACGGAGAUCGAUGCCGCUGUUGUGGCCGAUGAAAUGGAAAAGGAGCGCAGACUCUACCAGCUGCAGACCUGCGAGUAUCUGCUCAAAUACAAAGAGAUCAAAACAAAAACUGGCAUUGAGCUGCUGCAGCACUUCAUCGAGUAUUAUCACGCGCUGAAUAAUUACUUCAAAGAUGGCUUGCAAACAAUCGAACACUUUGGCACGUACAUCGGCGAUUUGAGCGACAAGCUGCAUGUGAUCAAGCAGAAGCAGGACGAGGACAGGCGCAGCCUUUUGGAUCUGCGAACGUUGUUGCGCAGCACGCCGGACUUUGAGCGUGUCGAUAAUGUGCAAGCAUCGGAGAAUCGCAGUGGUGGUGCGGGUGCCGGUUACUCGCUCCAUCAGCUCCAGGGCGACAAACAUCAUGGUGUAACACGACAGGGGCAUCUACUGAAGAAGAGCGAAGGCAAGGUGCGGCGGGUGUGGCAGAAGCGACGCUGUCGGGUCACCAGUGAUGGGUUUCUCGACAUAUUCCAUGCAGACGAAUCGAAGCCACCGACGCGUGUUAAUCUGCUCACCUGCCAGAUAAAACCGGUGCCAGAUGAUAAGCGCGGCUUCGACCUAAUCAGCUACAAUCGUCCAUAUCAUUUUCAAGCGGAGGACGAAUCGGAUCAGAAGGCCUGGAUGGCAGUGUUGGUGAAUUGCAAGGAGAAGGCACUGACCAAGGCCUUCCAGCAUGCCAAUCCGCAGAUGAGUCCCAGCUUGGUUGAACUGCAAAAGACAGUGAUUCGUUAUGUGCAGCUGUUGCCGGGCAACGAUCGUUGCUGCGAUUGUGGAUCUCGCAACGAUGUGACCUGGAUUAGUCUAAACUUUGGCAUACUCGUCUGCAUACAGUGCUCGGGUGUGCAUCGAGAUCUGGGCGUUCAUCAUUCACGCAUCCAAAGUCUUACGCUCGACAAUCUAACAACGGCAAAUCUGUUGAUAGCACGCGCCAUGGGCAAUAGCACAUUGAAUGACAUUAUGGAGGCCAAGCUGGGCAGGGGCAAGCUUAACCACGAGAGCAGCAUGGAGGAGCGAUACGACUUUAUACGCGCCAAAUAUGUUGCGAAGCGCUAUGUAAUGCGCACCUGCGCCGAUGACAACGAUUUGCGCUGCGACCUGGAGCAGGCGAUAGUCAAUGCGGACAUGAGCCAACUGCUGCAGGUGUGGGCUGAGGGCGCCGAUCUCACCUGCUGUUUACCCAGCUCCGAUUCGGGCGAAACAGCUCUCCAUUUAGCUGUGCUCCGCGAGGGUGGUUCUACGCUUCAUAUUGUUGAUUUUCUUAUACAGAAUAUGCCGCCCAAGGGCCUGAAUAAGGCCACCAAUCCGGCCGGAGUGCUAGAUGUUAUGGGCAAGAAUACGCCGUUGCAUCUUUGUGCUCUUCACGAUCGUCGCGAAUGCAUGAAGCUGCUCUUGCGCUCAGGAGCAGACUAUGAGCUGCGCAAUUCACAGAACAAAACUGCGCUGGAUAUUGCCAAAGAGAUGGGUCACAAUAGCUGCAAGGAGCUGAUUGAAUGUGCCAUAAAGCGAGAGAAGAGCGCCUUUGAUCACAUCAACACAGAUUGGAAUCUGCCCAAUGAGGAUGGCUCUACAGAUUUCAGCGAUGAUGAAACUGUUAUAGAUGAGCGCAAGUCCCGUUCACGUCCACCCAGCUUUGCUGGUGGCGAUUCGCCUGUGCUGCGUUCCCGAUCAUCGACUUGCGAUUCGAUACAGUCCAGUUCUAGUCCAAUUGCCAAUUGUCCGAGCCGGCAAUUUACGUUGCCCAGCUAUACGCAAUCGGCGGGCACAUCGCCCAAGCAGCACACGAAUGUUGGCCAGUAUUUGGGAAGUGGCAACAAUCUGGGCGUGGUCAGCAGUAAUAACAAUAGCAAUAGUGGCAAUGGCGGUGGCUCCAGCCCCAGCUCGGCGUGCAGCCAAAACGUACGUGGCACUAGGAACAGCUUAAAUAUGCAGAGCGAGCUGGGUCACGUGACGGGGGCCAGGAAAUCGACGUCCACAGCUAAUAUGAAUUCGCUGAAGAAGCGCACAGCGCCUGCACCGCCGCCGGGUACUCCGGCCAGUAUAUUCUAUGGCACACUGCCGCAUCCGCCCAGGCAUUCACAGAAUAUGGAUGCCAACGAUAUUCGCUCUAUUAAUCACAAGAAUCAGUCCAUGGAUGCGUAUGGUACGCUGCCGCACAUGAGGAGCGUGGAAAGCUCACCAAGGAUAACAGGCAGCAUCAGUGGAAGUGGUGGUGGUGCAGUUGGUGGCAAUGGCAGCAAUAGCAGCUUAAUGCCCAUGACUACCUUUGGCCAUAAGCGUUCUCCCAGUGGAGAGUCAUUGAACCGCAAUAUCCAUCUAGCCGGCGCAAAGCUCGUGCUGCCGCCCACUGGAGAGCUGCCCACACUAAAGCAUGUCGAUAAAUCGGCGCUGAUGAGACCAAAAAUACCACCACCCGGUCCGCCAGCAGAGCGUGAGAUACCAAAUGGACAGUCAAAUGAGAGCAUCAGCUCUAUGGAUGAGGGUCCGAUUGCGCCGCCACGCAAGCGCAAGCAACAAAACUUGUUGAGAUUAGAGCAUUCCAGCGAGGAAACGCUCAUCAAUCAAUCAGCCAAUUUUACGGAUUAUGAGUCCUGGCAUACGGAUAUGGACUCCUCUGGUGGUGGUCUAGAUCAUUCCGCCGAUUCGAAUAUUUCUUCUAGCGACAAUGACAGGCUAAACAGCUCGCCCGAUAAUCAACUGAAGAACGCAGCUGGCUCCGUCUCAAAAUUGCAUUAUAAUGGACAGCGUCGCUGUCGAGCGCUUUACGAUUGCGUUGCGGACAACGAUGAUGAGCUGGAGUUUAAGGAAGGUGAAAUAUUGAUUGUGCUUAAUGAGCGCACCGAUGAUGAGAAUUGGAUGGAGGGCAUCAUUGAGGGGCAUCCGGCGAGGCGUGGCAUGUUUCCCGUUAGUUUUGUACAUAUGUUGCCCGACUAAAGGGCAGCACAGCUCUUCUGUGCGUCUGUAUAACUGUGUGAGAGUAUGCUUGUAUGAAGGUGUGUGUGCGAGUGUGCAUUUGUAUGAUUGGGUGCAUGUAUUAUACAAAACAAAAACAAGAUAUUAUUUAUUACACUUUUUAAUCGCAACAACUACAAUUAUAUGUAUUAUUUUUUUAUUGGUUUAUUUUGUUGUAAACAGACAUUUUGGUGUCUUGUUCUAUCAACUUAAACCAAAUCAUUUAUUAUUCUCUAUGAUUAUUA